AUGCCACGAAAAAAUGCCAUGCGUGAUAAUGUAUCUGCUGUUCGCUCUCAAUUACCUCAUCUAUCCAAUCUUUCACGUGAAAAAAUUGAACUUGCAUUACUUCAUUUUGAAUCAAAUGUGGAUGCAACAGUUGAAGCAUUUAAACGAAAUGGAGCUAUUGAAGCACUCAGCGGAUGGACUGAAAUGAGCACUGGUCGUGGACAUAAUUCCAAUAAACGGACAACAAAUAAAUCUAACAAUCAAAAUAAUAGACCAACAUCAUCUAAUGCUGUUUUACGUCCAUCACAACGUGUUUCAAAUAUAUUUCAAACAUUUGCCGAAGGUGGUACACCCAUACUUACUACGAAUGGAAAUACGUCAGUAUCUAAUACAGAAAGUAGUGCAUCAUUAAUUCAUGAACUAUCAAGCAAUAUUCUUCAAACAUAUCCAUCAACUAAUCUUUCAUUUCAUCCAUGUCUAAGUCAAGAUUUAACAACAAACAAUUCUCAAGUGUUAUUCAAUAGAAUGGAAUCAGUCGAAAAUGACUUUCAUGAUGCAACAACUGUAAUUAAAUCUGAUGAAACCAAUUUAGAAACAAAUCAUGUUGAUGAAGCCAAUGGACACAAUGGAAAAUCAAAACGUCGACGAAGUCUAAAAAAUCAUAAUGGUUCAACACUAUUAAAUCAUGAACAAACUCAACAACAAUCAUUGCCAAAUGAUAUUCAACAAUCAACAAAUAGUGAGAUUCCAACAAGUUCUUCAUCUAAUCCAGCAACAUUUAGUAAUAAUAAAAAACUUCUUACUAAAUCUACGAAAGAUCUUCAACGGCAAACAUCAACAUUAACUAAUGUUGAAUUAUCAUUUGAAAAUGAAAUAAAAUCUUCCGUAAAACGUAUCGAUGAUGUAUUCAAACAAAUUCGUGAUAUAAUUAAAGAACGUGAAGUUGAAUUGUAUUUAGAAAUCGAUAAAGUUAAAGAACAAGGUUUAAAUAUUAUUCAACAUCGACAACAACGUGCUGUAGAGUUACGUCAACGUGUUGAUCGUUGUGAUCGUCUUGAACCAUUAGAAAUUGAUAAUCUUCGAACUGAUAUUAAACAAUUUGUUACUGAACGUCGUUAUGAUUUAGGUGAAGAAUUAACAUCAUCACAUCGUUUUCAAUAUGAUCAAUCGAUUCUUGAUGGAUUAAAAAAUUUUGGAACAGUUUUAAGAAUUGAUAGAAAAUAUGAUCGAACACGUACACUAUCAUCAGCAUCAUCGGCAUUAGUAGAACAGAAUAGUACAAUAAAAGAUAAUAAUAAUAUAACAGAAAAAUCUAUAGAAAAUAUUCAAAAACAACCAAAUGAUUUGUCAGUAUCUUCAUCAUCGAAUGAACAUAAUCAAAAACCAUUACCGCAAAGAAUUCAUAAAAAAAUUAAUUUUAAUGAAAAUAAUAACGGUGAAUAUUAUGAAAGUUCUCAUGGUACGCCGACGUCUAAUGGUUUUUAUUAUUAUUAUGAUGAUUCGAAUAAUUAUCAAACUACGAAUCGCCGUCGACCACAUCCACAAAAAUAUCAGCAAAAUUUUAAUGAAAAUAAUCGUCGUUCACGUCCAAUACCUUCAACUAAUAAUAAUAAUAAUAAUAAUAAUAAUAAUAAUAAUAAUAAUCGUCGUAAUGGCUUCAAUAACAGUGAGACGAAAAAUACAGAUCGUCAUCCUCAAUCAUCUCAAACCAUAGCUCCUCCUAUAAGCAAUUAA